AUGACACCGCUCACCCUGGAACAGGUGCUGGCACGCUCUAUGCGACUGCCACGCAAGCAUAUGAAGCCGGCUGCCACUCGUAUUGCGAACACCCCGGCACUGGGCACACCCAUUGCGCCGGAAACGUCGUUGGGGCUUGGGGACAAAAGCGUCGCCAAGUUGUUUAGCCUCAUCGAGAAGGAAGAAGAGACACUGACGGCUGGGCGGCCCUCGAUUCAUUCGUCGCAUAACCUGAUUCGAAAUAGUCAGGACCUGCUGACAUACCUUAACACUGCGCGGCGCAUGCAUGCAUGGGAAGACGCCCUGCUUUCCUUUGCGGAGGCCACUAAAAUGCUGCUGAUCAAAAAAACGGAGGGGCACGAUGGGGUUUCACUCACCCUAGGAGAGGGAGAUGAUGGGGGAGUAGAAGGUGGUGGGGGCGUCACAGCCAACGUUGCGCACUUAGCUGUGCUCCUCGACACCUGCGCGGGCGCAAAGCAAUGGGGUUUGGUUGAGCAACUCGGGGAGAUAUUUCGGAAACAGUCACCCCAAACGCUGGUUGAUGCGGUUUCGCUCUUGGCGAAUACGAAAAAGGAACAUGUGGGCGAAGGGCUCCACGGCUGGGAGCUCGCGCUUCAUUUUCUGCAGACCCGGAUACCACCGGAGGAACGGCCUGUUGAAGCAUAUAACGCGUGCGUGACGGCCUGCGAAGCGACGCUGGAGUGGGAGGGGGCAUUAGCUAUUGUGCGUUCUAUGGGGCCCAACCCCCUGCAAAGCCUGGACGCUGCUGUUGCCGCAAACGAGAGUGAUGCCGACGCAGCAUCUGCAGGCUCGAUACCGGAGGAGGCUCCCCCCUCUGCGCAUACGGAGGCAGAGGAGGAGACUGCCCUCGCCACUUCUCACCCACCAACACCAGACGUGGUUACGUACGCAACCUUGAUAUCGGUCCUGGAGCAGAGCGGCAAGGAUGCGUUGGCGAGCGAAGUACUUCAGCGGCUGCCUCCGGUAGAGAAGGAAGAAAUCACUGCGACAUAUGCUGCCUUGAUACAUGUGUGGGCCGAGCAAAAAUCUCACCAUCGUCGCCGUCGGUUUUAA